AUGGUAGCUUAUCGUUUCUUCCCCAACUCCACGCCAGAAUCCUCAAAUCCCCCCAGCACUCCAAGCACCCCUUCCUCCUUACCCGCCUCGCCCACGCCUACCUCCUCUCCAAACCACCUGCCUCCCGCCGAGCGAAUCCUCGCCAAGGCCUUUUCCGAGACCUCCCCGCCGCCUCUCUUCCUCUGGAACGAGACCAUCAAGGCCCACUCCCGGAACGGCUGCUUCCGAGAAUCCAUCGACGUCUACCGGCGGAUGCUCGCCCGCGGGCUCCGCCCCAACGCCUUCACCUUCACCUUCGUCCUCCCCGCCUGCGCGGGCGUGCGCUCGGCUCCCGACGGCCGGAGGGUCCACGAGGACGCCGUCAGGUUCGGGUGCGACUCCAACCUCUUUGUGGCCACGGCUCUUGUUGACAUGUAUAUAUCGAAUGGGAAAUGUGAGGAAGCCAUGUCCAUAUUUGACCAAAUGCAGAGAUUGGGGGUCCAGUAUGAUGCAAUGACAAUGGUGAGCAUCGUGCAGGCCUGCGCUUCUCUUGGAGCCCUGCAGAAAGGAAGAUGGGUUCACGAACAGGUAAUAAGUGCCCACAUGGAGAUAAAUGUUCACUUGGGUGCAGCACUCAUAAAUAUGUAUGCUCGAUGUGGGAGCAUUGAAGAAUCACGAAGAGUCUUCAAUGAGAUGCCAAGAAGAGAUCUUAUCAGAUUUAGUCAUAAAGGGAUGGUUCAUAAGGGUCAGAUAUAUUUUAAGAAAAUGACUGAAGAGUACUGUAUUAAGCCUACUUUGGAGCAUUGUAGUUGCAUGGUUGAUUUGCUUGGUAGGGCUGGAAGACUAGUUGAGGCAGAGGAGUUCAUUAGGAAAAUGCAUCUGGAGCCUGAUCCUGGAGUAUGGGUGGACUGUUGGUAUGUCUUGAUGUCUAACAUCUACGCAACUGUGAGACGUUGGGACGGGGUUGCAAAGAUGAGACUGCUAAUGAAAGAGAGGAAGGUUUCAAAGUCUCCUGGCUGGAGUUCGAUCGAGAUUGGAGGGCAGAGACACAGCUUCCUUUCAUUUGAUCGGUCCCACCCGAGGUCUGACGAGAUCUACAUGCUUAUAAAGAACCUGGAGGAGAGGAUGCAAUCGGAGGAUACAUUGCAGAAACAAAAUGUGUGCUGGUGA